GUCACGCGGCCCGGUGUUGACACUUCCGGGUGGGACCAAAGUGAGGCGGCGAGGCAGGGGCUGGCAGCUCCGGCGGCAACUAUGGCGUAUAACGGCCUUACGGUGCCUCUCAUCGUGAUGAGCGUGUUCUGGGGCUUCGUCGGCCUGUUGGUGCCCUGGUUCAUCCCUAAAGGACCUAACCGAGGAGUUACCAUCACCAUGUUGGUGACCUGUUCAGUUUGCUGCUAUCUCUUUUGGCUGAUUGCAAUUCUGGCCCAGCUCAACCCUCUCUUUGGACCACAACUAAAAAAUGAAACCAUCUGGUAUCUCAAGUAUCAUUGGCCUUGAGGAAGAAGACAUCUUCUACAGUGCUCAAGUCAUUGAGGUCAUGAAGAGAAUUCCUCUGGAUGCAAAAUCACCUCCAACCCCAGACCACCUUUCUUGACUUGGGCAUCAACUGCUUAAACCUUCACAGCAAGUUUGAGUAUCUUUUCUAAAAUGUAGUAUUUUUUUCUUGUCACCUUUUUUUACACUUUGAUGAAUGAUGUGCCUACUUAACCUAAACUAUGCCGACUCUACAAAUGUGCAUGUGAUCUUCUGAGAUGAAAGAUGCUGUUCUUCUGAGAAAUAUGGGUACUCUCUUUUUGGAAUCUGUGGAUUUGAAGAUGGCUCCUGUCUGCUCACACCAUGAGAAGAGCAAAGAACAGCCAGAAACUGCUACAAGCCAACUAAGAUGCCAGUGGGGCACUCAAUACGACUGCACAUUCAGAGGGAAGAUCUGUCACAACACAAUAGAAUUACAACAAACUAUAUUUUCAGGAUGAAUUUCUUGUUUCUGCCAUCUUUUGGAAUAAAUUAUUUUUCUGCUUUCUAUGGGAA